UUCAACACUGAAGACAGAAUCCAGGGCCUAUUGGGUGCUAGACAAAUGCUGUACCACUAAACUAGAACCCCAGCAACAAUUGCAUUAUUUUUUAGUUUUGUGAUAGGGCUUCUAUAAGCUGCCUAGGCUGGCCUUGAACUUUCGAUCCUCUUGCCUGAGAUGACAAGCUUUAGCUGCCAGGUGCUGGGACUUUUUUUCAGUAUCAUUAUACCCGAGACUUUAAAUGAAUGGGAUGGGCCCUGGUGCUCAGAUACAGGCGGUCCUGAAGGUGACAGGAUCCAGAGUCUUGAGGGGAUGGGUGGGGUUUUCUAUCUCUCUCUUUCUCUUUUUUUUCUUUUCUUUCUUCCUUUUCGUUUUUGUUUUUGUUUUUGUUUUGUUUUUUUGGUUUUUUUGAGACAGGGUUUCUCUGUGUAGCUGGCUGUCCUGGAACUCACUCUGUAACCAGGCUGGCCUCGAACGCAGAAAUCUGCCUGCCUCUGCCUCCCAAGUGCUGGAAUUUAAAGAUGUGAGCCUGCCUAUCUCAAAGCCCCAGGGGCGGUGUAGGGUGGUAUGGGCUGAUUCAGGCUCUCCUACUGGGGAAGAAGGAGUUAAACGUCUCUGCACCUCAGCCAGGCAUCAGGUUUCUCGGGUCCAGGUUCUUCCAGGAAGGGGUGGAGUUAGGCUGGCCCCUGGGCCUCUCAGUAGCCUCAGGCUUGGGUAAGUCCUGCUGAGAAAGCAUGGGGGACUGUCUGAGAAAGAGGCUGCUGUUACUAGACGUCUUCACCUGACUAUCCCCCAAGUGCACAGCCAUGGCCCUGUUUCCACCCCUUGGCCAUGAAUUCCCGCCAGAGCCUGUGAAUGGACCCCUGGGAGCCCCUAGGGAGCUGGAUGUUGCCGGACACACCAUCUGCCCUGCACCUGAGGAGGAGACGAGCAGGCUAGAGCAGGUCCAGGCCUCCUUGGGCCCACCUGAGCAUUUCAUGGGUGAACUGAAGAGCACUGAAUCUGCCACCAGCCUCUCAAGACUACCACUGACCUCUUCCCAUGAGCAUCAAGAUAGGGGCAAGCCCUGUGAGCACUCUGACUCUGGGCUGGAAGUACUAGAAGCUGAGCAGGACAGCCUACAUCUUUGUCUGUUGAGGUUGAACUUCCGGCUGCAGGACCUGGAACGAGGCCUCGGGUCUUGGACGCUGGCCCACAACAGGAUUGUCCAGCUGCAGGCCCUGCAGGCAGAGCUACGAGGGGCGGCUGAGCGUGUGGAUGCGUUGCUUGCAUUUGGGGAGGGCCUGGCAGAGAGGAGUGAACCCAGGGCCUGGGCAUCCCUGGAGCAGGUCCUGAGGGCCCUCGGAACCCACCGAGACACCAUCUUCCAACGGCUCUGGCAGCUGCAGGCCCAGUUGAUCAGCUAUAGCCUGGUGCUUGAGAAGCCCAACCUCCUGGACCAGGACUUGGAAGUUGAGGGAGACUCAGACGGGCCAACAGCUGGUGGAGUCUGGGGGCCCUGGGCACCCAGUACCUUCCCCACUCCUGCAGAGUUGGAGUGGGACCCAGCAGGGGAUGUUGGGGGUCUUGGGCCCUCAGGGCAAAAGAGAUCUCGGAUACCAGGAGCUCCCUGUGAGCUGUGUGGCUACAGGGGACCCCAGAGCAGUGGACAGGGUCUUGAGGACUUGCUCUCCUUGGGGCUCAGCCACCGGAAACAUUUAGCAGCUCACCAUCGAAGGCGUCUCCGGAAGUCUCAGGACAAGAAGAGGCAAGUAUCCCCCAGUCUGCCCGAUGUGAUGCUGGAAGUGGAUCGAGGGGUCCCAGCUCCUGCAUCCAAACGGCCCCUGGCCAUCUUCUUUAUCCUUCUCUUCCUCCUUCUGGUGGGUGCCACACUGUUACUGCCCUUGUCGGGGGUCUCCUGCUGUUCUCAUGCCCGGCUGGCCAGGACGCCCUAUCUGGUGCUCAGCUAUGUCAAUGGUCUCCCUCCAGUCUGAGUCUGUCAGCCCAGAUAUGGGCAUUAAAUGGCCACUUUCAAGAGAUGUCUGAGAAUGUUAGUGCUUGAAAACUUGGAAACAAAUAUAACUCAGGUGUGUUCUGACA